AUGGGGCGGCGGCGGCGGCCGGCGGGCCUGGCGGGCGCGGCGGGGGCUCUGCCCGAGGCCAUCGCCGCGCUGAGCCGCGCGCUGCCCGCCGGGCCCAGCCCCGAGACCUUCCGCCGCGCCAAGUUCGACCGUCCGGAGGCGGCGCCCGCACUAUGGCGGCUGCUCUUCCGCGUGCUCUCGCCGCCGCGGGCUGACGGCGCCUCCGCCUCGCGCGCCCUGGAGGCCCAGGCGCGCUGGGUGAAGGCGGCGCUGCUCGCCCAGGGCUACCCCCGGCUCCGGCUGGCUCAGCUCCCGGACGAUGGCUCCCAGGGCAGCCGCGAGCUGCUGCUGGCCCUUUCCUGGCUCCUGGCCCGCAAGCCCCUGCUGGAGCGGCUGCUGGCCCGGACCCGCGUGCGGCUGGGCGACGAGCUGCCUGCGUUUGAGUGUGGGGCCCUGGCCAGCCCCGGCCUGCCUGCCCCGCGGUUGGAAGCAGAUGGCCCUGUGGAUGCCCGCCACCUGCAGUGGCUGAUGGGGAAGCUGCGAUUUCGGUGGCGAAACCUGAUGGCCAGUCAGCAGGAGCAGUGCGCGCUCCUGGGCAAGCUGCUGCCGAGGCUGGAGAGCGAGAACGCCCGCCUGGAGGCCGCCCUGGAGUGGCGGCGACGGGAGCUGGUCUUCUGGCAGUGGAUGGACACGGUGCUGGGGGCCUGCCCCACGGAGGCCCCGCAGCCCGCGUGUCUGCCUGGUCUCGGAGGGCGCGGGCGCACGGCCGGUGCACGGGACCCGGUGGCGUGGGAGCUGCAGGCGCUGCAGAAGGAGCUCCAGGCGGCAGUGGGCGCCCGGCGGGCGGCCUGGGCGGCCAGGGUCAAAGGCCAGGGGCCGGAGUGGAGCGCCGCGCGACAGGCCGCACAGGAGGCCGCGAGGGAGGCGGUGGGCCGGGAGCUAGCCGCCCUGCGCCAGGCCUGGGAGCGAGGCGGGGGCCCCCAGCCCCACGGGCCCCUCCGGCUGGUGAGGACUGAGGCCGGGGGGCCGGGGGCCCCGGGCCUGCGUGCUGCCGAGGCGAUCGGGGCGCUGAGGAGCCGGGAGGCCUGCCUGGAGGCGGCGCUGCACCAGCUCCAGGCGCAGUGCCGGCAGCAGCUGGCCAGGCUGGCGGGAGCCCUGCCCGGCCUCCUCUGGAUCCCGCCGCCCGGACGCUGA